CGACUUUGUAUCCAUUAUGUUUUCAUUGCCUCAGUACUUUGCCAUGUUGUGCCUCACUUUGAGCAAGGCCGCGGUUGCUGAAUCUUUGUGGGAUGGUGAGACGCAGGACUUUUGGGAGUUGUGCAAGUCAUGUACUUCAAACAGACGUGUAUUCUGCUUUACGACUGGAACAUGUCUUGAUCUGGACAUAGAUGCACCGUCAGAAGCACUUUGGAGUGCCUGCAUGAACCCGCUCUUGAUUCCAGAUUCGUGCAGAACGAAGGGCAUACACCCGCCAGGGACAUCUCGCGAGGCCAAGGCUGGGAAGACACACAGACCCGGACAAAGCCUAGAAAAGGCCUGGACAAGGCCCAAGCGUGGACAUACAGACCCGGAUGGCCACGGCGUGGCCAAACAGACCCAGACAAGGGCUGGACAUAUCCGGGCAAGGCGGGGCGCGGCCAAGCGUGGACAAACCUGAAUAAGGCCUGCGCAAGGACCUUUAGACACCCCGGCCAAGGCGGAGAAGAAAGGACAAGGCCUGGACAAGGCGGAGAAGAAAGGGCUAAUGGCAGCACACAGCCUGGACAGACAAGGAGAUGGAAAGAUGGGAUCGAGACCUUUGACAGUGUCGCGCGAAAGAUUGCAAGCAGCGGGUGUUUGACAGAUGCCUCAAAACGUUGAAGAGUUCAAAAACCAAUCACGCGAAAGCAGAAACGCG